AUGCGGACCAACGCAGUCGUCCUCCUCCAAGCGAUGCACACAGAGGCUGCAGAGCCCGUUGCGGCCGCUCUAUCCAGCUUGCCCCCCGAUGCCUUGAGCCAAAUCAACUUCGUUGCUUGCGACAACCCGUCCAACUUCCUCAAAGAACGCUUACAUGAAGUUUGUCCAAACCUUCAAAUGGUGAGCUUGGACCCUGUCCACUUGGCAUUUGCGUGGGAGUAUUCCACUUGGAAGAAGCGAACAGCUGGGAGCAGGGCGCUCCGGGCAGUGCUGAGCAAGCUCAGCCAGCGAGACCCUGCUCGAGGCGCUGAUGCCUGGGGCGAGGUCUAUCAUGGCAGUUCUGCUUUUGAGCUGACUGCUGCUGAGGAGGUCUACAGGGACAACAUCAGACACAGCUCCAUGCCAAUUCAGACUGCCCGGCGUAUUCUCAAGGACAUGGAUUACUCCACGCCAUUCGCGCAAAGGCUCCACUUCAUUCAAGCUUUGGCGGCUCUGUCGGCGGCGCACGCAGACGAAGCCUCAAAGAUCGCCCCAGGGCCGAACCGGAAGGUUCGGGAGCUGCUGUGGGGCGCAGCUUCUGCUGACCGCCUGGAGUGGUAUCUGAACAACACCCGGGCACGGCAUUGCAUGAAGUCAUCGCAUCACUCUAUGCUUCACGUGGGGACUUCGAGCAAUGAGGCAUUGCAUCGGGAAAUCAACGCCUGGUUCCGCGAGACGCAACAAAUUCAUCAAGCGACCUUGAAGUUGAAGCUGUUCAUUCUUCAACAUGCAAAGCUUCUGUCUCACAAUGCUGCUAUGUACCACCACACAUCUUCUCAACACAGCCAAGCCACGGUACUGGCAAGGGCGGCCAGUCUGCCCGCGUGGACCUUGCAGCAGUGGAGAGCCUGGUGCCCUGAAAAGACUUUAGGCACCAUUCCACCCAAGGCAGACUUACCUCUUCAUCGUGAGCGGCAGAGCCAGCAAGAGAAAGUCCGAACAGCUGAAAGCCAGGGCUCACGACAGGGAAAGCUGACAGGGAAGGUCAAGCGCACUCCCUUUUCUUUGGAGAGGCGCCAAGGACUCCGGCGCGGAGGCGUGAGGCCGACAAUCCACAAACGGCCGGCCGCGGCAGAGAAAACCAGUAGGGGAGCUUGCAGCAGCUAG